GUAGGGUUAUGGAGGCUGAGCAAUGCUGUUUGAAUCCCAAAGAUUUCGUAACUUUCAAAACAGAAAUCGAUCUGCUCUGUGACGACGAAGUUGACGUUUUCAAGAGAUGGGGGAUACUGGAAGACAUUCAGAAAACCAAGGUGUAUAACAAUGUGAAGAUGUUCCUAGCAGCUGGAGGUGUAGAAGUUCUCUGUUACGUGGCUGUGUCUGCCUCUUCUUUAACAGAUCGUUUGAUCUACCUGGAGCACGAGGAAGAGGAGCCGUUUGUAAAGGAGCCUCUAGGAGGAAUCCCACCUCUAGGGAGUCUCAGGGUGGGGUCCCUCACAGUUAUAGCUGAGCUCACUAAGAUUGAAGUGUAUAGGAGGAGGAUAUGGGGUCUUAACAUUAUCCCUAAACUCUGUGCUUUGUUUACUAAAAGGAUGGGGUAUUUGUUGAAGUUCGCGCCGGAUAGGGAGAGUUUAACAAAAGGAGCACCAAAAGACCAAACCCUGUUACUGCUGGAGAAGAUUCUGUACUGUUUAUCUUAUCUGGUAGUGGAGAACUCGGGUCUAGCUACUGAGCUGUUAAAGUUACUCGGUCACGAACUUGUACUUAUCACUACGACAGUAAACAACAGAGUGAUAUGUGACAGUAUAGCCCAGCUACUAGACCACUGCUUCCUCUACCAGCCUGACCUGGACGCAGUCCACAAGUUCCUGGCUCUGAACCCGCAUGAGAAGCUGCACGCUAUACGACCCAAGUGUUCAAUGCAGAACGGCAGAGAUCACUUCGACAGGUUCAUGAUAAACCUGGACUCAUACAGUGUCCCUAAAGAAGAGCCCAAACCUCUCAGAAAAUACGACAAAGUUCUCUCUUGUGGUAGCUGUGGGGCGACGAAGCAGAAGAUGCCGGUAUGUAGAGGAUGUAACGAGGUACACUACUGUAACGCAAAGUGUCAAACCAAACACUGGCUAGUUCACCAGAUCACGUGUGUUAAAGGGUAGUCACGUGUUCUGGCACGUGACGUGCCAUCUAACAGCGGGAUCGGACACGUGCCAUCUAGCUAGGCUUCCUGCUUGAGAUUUGAGCAGCGCGACACGUGUCAUCUUGUGUUACAUGAACUAUUUUGAGCUUAUCCAUGAAGAUAACUUACCAUUUAAUAGUUAUUUUAAGUAUCGAGUGGAUAAAAGUGCUAAAGAACUGUUGGUUGAACUGCAACAUGGAUCAGUAAAGUAAAGUGUGUUAUUGUAUUAGUAUAGUAGAUAAUGAUACGAGUAGGUGUUUCUUGGAUACUGAUAAAAAACACUGUACUGAUUAUAAAUUUAGUAAAUAUACAAUGAUAUCGUAUUAUAUAAUAUAAUACUCGUUUGGAGGGGAUGAAUUACAAAUAAUAAUCGGCAGCUGCUGUUAAAAUUUAUUCAUAACAUUAAAAAUUUUAGAGUUACGAUAAUGAUCACGCAGUAAUUUAAUAUGCCAAGAUUUAACUAGAAUCCACGGCUGUACUUAAAUUAGAAGUUUGCUAUGUGUGUGUUACUGAAUAAUAAUGAAUUGCGUGGAAAAUAUCAUUAGCAUCUUAUGAAUCGAAUAGUUGAUUACGCAAUGAUGCAUUAUCGUGAUUACGAGUAAUUUAUAUUUGUGGACUGUGGUCCUAAGCCUCAAUUCCUAAUUCGUAAUUGUUCCGAAAUCCGAAUUUGUAAUUUAAAUUGUACAUAGUUUAACGCAUUUGUUUGUAAUAAUAUAUUCGUAUAUAUACGUAGUUGUAAGCUAUAUUUAAAAAUGUAUUUUGUAUUUUUUGUGUGUUAGCUUUUAGUUUCAGAUAGUGAUAAUUUAAUAAUCAUAUUAUUUAUUGUAAUUUAUUGUCAGAAGUAAUACGUUGUUUAUCAUAUUUCGUUUAUUUGUACUCUGUAGUUCACAAGUUU